AUCAUUCGAUGUGAGACAAUGAGGAGGAUGGGUGAUCUCUUGGAGGAGAUGUGGCACUGAAGAGGUUACGGGUUCCUGGGCGAGGGGCUGAGCAUGAGGAGGGGGCCAGCGCAAUGUAUUGUUUAAAAAAAGAAACAAACCCCAAAGAACACGACACUUAACGGCACCUGCGCCUCCCCUAGGGAGAGGAUGAGAGAACAAACACGACAGAUGUCGGUGCUGUCGCUUAAUGCCUAACUGGAAGGCGCCCAGUCAUGGGUGUUGAGUAUCAGAGCCAGAGAGAGACUAGACCAGGCAUUAGCAGAGAGUUUUGAACAGUGGGGGAAGCAUUAUUGAAGCACCUAACUGUCAGUGGGGGUGUCCAGAGCAGAUGGUGACCAAGGGGGACUGCGGGCAGGGGCUGCUCCAGCCUGGUCCACAGCGGGGAGCAGGGCACUCCAGCCCAAAAGAGCUGAAGCGCACCCCCCUUUAAUUGGUUAACCGGUUAAACUUCAUGUUUAAACGGCUAACCAAUUACAGGGGAUUUUACAUCCCUAGUUGGAAGUGCCAUAGACCUCUGCCACACACGUGCUUCUUACCUGUAAUGGGCUGCUGCCAAGACAAAAACUACCAUUUCUAGUCCCCUUUGCUCUGCUACAACUGAGGCUUUUUAUCCAGGAAGAGUUUUGAAAAUCCCAGUUACCUUUCAUCGUUUGGGCUCUUUCACUCUCGGUUUCUCAGGCACCAGCACAAAGCUGGUUUGUUUGUGUCUCCAGCACUUCACUGGAAGGUUCAGUCCAGAUUAAAAUGGAGUGUGUUGAAGGAGUGAAAGAAAUGCUGUGCCUUGUUCUACACACAUUGGAGCUUUGGUCUUUUACAUACACCAUUUAUGCUCCUGAACCCUACAUUUUUGGCUAUUUUCCACACACAAAAAUGAGGAAUUGAAGUAAGCCCCAAAGAUGAUACUUUCAUUAUUUGUUGGUUGAUAAACUGCAUAAUGAGCCAUCAAAUGUGGCUGUAGCCGCAGCCAUAGUGUCACAAACUGAUCUUAGAAGAUCACAGGCUGAGCAGGAGUGAGUCAGUUUCACACUGCCUGCAAGACAAACCUAGUGGGUUCCAUGCAGUGUGGUCAGAUAUCUACUAGGUGUUGCCACUACCCAAAAUCCAGGGGUCCAUGUGCUAUUCGUCUGCAGGUGUUGAUUUCCAGAUGAGACAUAAAAUGGAAACCUUGAUCAUUCCUAUAAUUGUUGGUCUGAUGGCCAGAGUCCUGAACCUCAGUGCUCCUUGUACUUUCAGCCGUAUACAGGAUUUUUCUGUACUUCCUGGCCUGAUCUGUGAUGUAGUGUGGUCAUGCCAAUAGCUGUCACUUGAGCAGGUGCAUUUCACUGGGGAGUGGAAUGAUGCGAAUGCGGAGAGCGUUUAAGCACGAGAUUCCUCUGUCAACGUGAAUUCCUCUAAUAAGAAGUGGAAACAUUCUUAAUUUCCUGUUUCAGGUGAGGGCUCAAGACUCUAUUGAGCAGCGUGUAUGGAGCCGGCUGCUUGACGGGUGGAAGAGACCCAGGACCUUUCUCCGUCGUCCCUUCUCAUGUUUGCUGCCUUCCUCCGGAACCCACCAUGUCAGAUUUGAUCAUAAACCUGGAUGUGGGCCUCCAGCAGGCUCCCAAGAGGGGGACCGAAAGCAGCCAGAAACACCAGCGCUUUGUGAAACGGCGCCGCUUCCUGGAGAGGAGGGGUUUUCUGAAGCAGAAGCAGCUGCCGCCCCCGCAGCAUCGUCCCCCCAAAGGCCAGGUCUCCCGUCAAGACUCCAACUACUGGGAGAGGACUAAGAAGAAGUGGCUUGCCAACGACAGAGUAGGGACCGAUCAGAAUUCUUUCCAGACAGAUGGGUUUUCCCAUCAGCCCAAACCCUUCAUGACAAAUAACCAUUGUCAUUUUGGCCAGCCCAGCGCCACCACAGACUCUGGCUCCCAUAUGCCUUGUUUUCCUUUGGGGGUGAAGAAGGUGUCGUGUAGAUCAACUGUGGCCAGUGGGCCCCCAGGGAACCACAGCACCCAGCCCUUUGCUGACGUGCAGAAAGCCAGCUUGCUGAGCGAGUAUGACAGUGGCUUGUCCUCGGUGUCCGGGCCGGGCAAGCCCAGCAAAGUGGUGGCCAUGGACUGUGAGAUGGUGGGCACGGGCCCUGGCGGAAGGUGCAGUGACCUGGCCAGGUGUAGCAUUGUCAGUUACCAUGGUGACGUGGUGUAUGACAAGUACAUUAUGCCUGUUGACCCCAUUACGGACUACCGGACCCGGUGGAGCGGUAUCAGAAAGCACCACAUGAAGAACGCCACCCCUUUCAAAAUGGCCCAGAAAGAGAUCCUGAAGAUCCUGACAGGGAAGAUCGUGGUCGGCCAUGCCAUCCACAACGACUUCAAGGCGCUUAAGUAUUUCCACCCAAAAUCAGUGACUAGGGACACUCCGGAGUACGAGUCGGCCUCGCUGAAACGCCUCACCAAGCAGCUACUGCACAAAGACAUCCAGAUCGGCAAAAACGGCCACUCCUCGGUGGAAGACGCCAAAGCCACCAUGGAGUUGUACCGGGUGAUCGAGGCCGAGUGGGAGAGGCAGCUGGCGCUGAACCCUGAGCAGGAGGAGCACGUUCCAAGCAGCGAGUCCGAAUCAGACCUUUAAGGGAGAAGAUCUCGGGGGGCUGAAAGUGACGCUGGCAAAUAAACAUCUCCUACGGGCCUUUCCCUGGGGAGGUUUUGAUGGCA